AUGCGUGCCGUGAAAACGACCAGUGGAAGCUGCUUGGACUGGCGCGUGCGGCCGCUGGUGGCGCUGACGAAGCUGUGGGCGCAGGCGCACGACAUCAACGACGCGCGCCAGCGAACGCUCUCCUCCUACUCGCUCACGCUCAUGGUCAUACACUUCCUGCAGUGCGGCACAGUCCCAGCGGUUUUACCUCGGGGGCUGGAGGCGGGCGAGGCGCGGCGGCCGCACAACCGCGCCUCGCUGGCCGAGCUGUUCCUGCACAUGCUGCGCUACUACGCGGACUUCCCGUACGGCGCGAUGGCGGUGAGCGUGCGAGCGGGCGCGCGCGUGCCCGUGGCGGAGUGCCGCGCGGCGCGCGCGCACAAGAACGACCCGCACCAGUGGAAGCUGCUGUGCGUCGAGGAACCGUUCGAUCUCACGAACACGGCGCGGUCCGUGUACGACCCGGAGACGUUCGAGAAGAUCGUCAACACCUUCCGCGACAGCUACACGCGCCUCGCCAGCGGCCUGCGCCUCGCCGACGCCUGGCCGCAGCCGUCACAACAGUCACAGCAGACGUCACAACAGUCACAGCAGACGUCACAGCAGCCGCGAUGACGCGCGCCGCCCGCCCGCGGCCUGUGACGCGGCGCUUGUGUCAGUGCGAACUUUGAACUCGGCGCGAGCGAUCGCCCGAGCCGUUGUGUUUAUUUAUUGUUUCGUUUAUGUUUCGUUGGAUCCUAGUGCGUCACCGGGCAGCCUGGUAGUUCUAGUCGCCAGCUCACCGAUCGACUCGAGCCCGGCGCGGGUUCCGUCGAUCCGGGGCGAGCCGAUCGCUAGUCGUUAUAUUUAUCGCUAGAUGCUAUUCGGAAUUGCGUCCAUUCGUCCUCGGCCGGCCCCCGGUGCGGUUCCGCGGCGGCCGGGAAACGCCGCGAUGGUGUAUUCUCGUCGCUCGUAUAGUGUCGGCCCCGGUCGACCGCUCGGCACGCGGGCGAGCCGUUCGGACGACGAGUCGGGUGCAUUUAUUUUGUGAGCCGUUUACGAGAGCGGUGUUCCGCCGCGAGUGGAUCUCGGGCGACGCUCGCCGUCCGGACGGGCCGCGUGCCUCGACCCCGGCCCGCCGGCCGCCGCGGUCCCGGCCCGGGCGCCCGCGAGGCUCCGGCGUCGGGCGCGGGCGCCCGGGCCGACCCAUUGUUACUCCGUUGAAAUUUUAUUUAGGUGUAAAACGGUGCCACUAUGAAAAUUAUAUGUUUACAUUCCAUAGUGUCGUACCGAGUCGUCGUUUAGCUCGUACUCUAGGCUAGCGGUUAUCGAGUAGUUUCGUUCGCGCGGCCUCGCGGGCCCGGCCCGGCGCGCCCGGCGUCGUCUUCCCGCAUACAAAUAUUUAGUCGUUAGCGAUCAGAGGAGCGACGCGUUGUGUCGGCGACGCGCGCUCGAAAUAUACCAAAUACACUUCCAAUGAUUGCGGUCGAAGGCGGCCCCGGGCGCGCCGGGCCCACAGCGAGGGCCUCACAGGCCGGCCCGCCGAGGCCGCGGAGCCCGCGGGCCAGGCCCGCGUCCGGAACCAACAAGACUGAUCGACUUCGCGGUUAGUACUAGGUGAGAUAGUUAAGGACAGAUUGAUACUCGAACGUUCCUCUCGAGCCGUGCAUCGAAAUAUUACUAUAACGUUGUCGUUUUGUUAUUCGUCGUCGAGUCCGUCGGCAGGCGGCGCGCCGAACGCUGCCUCGCGAACGCGUCCCGCUCGUUUUUAAUGUUUAUAUUGUUUAUUUGUAAGUUAUUUAAUGAAUAUGUAUAUAAUAAGAAUGAAAGAGAAAAACACAUAAAUAUUGGAAUGUUUUAGGGUCGUGUACGUUUUAUGUAAAUAGUAUUUUUGUGAGUAAAUGACAAAAAAAAUAUAUAAUGGAUAGAUGAAGUGAGUGUGUGUUGUUGCGAUGUUGGCCGCAUUAGCCCACCGGCCGCGGGCCCGUGGGACCUCGCCCGCCGGCGGGCGAGUUUGAUCCGCCGGCGGGCGAGUCUCGGUCGCCUUUUUGGUCGCGGCCGCACCGAGUUGUUUCGCGUUUCUUUGAUAGCUUGGAUGCUACGAUUUAAGGUGCUACUAGAUAUCGCUGAACGUUUUGCGGCUCGAAACGAAUCCAAGCGUUUGCAGAAACUCGAGGAGAUCACGAAAUGGUGCUAAAUAUUGUGUUGCCUUAACUCUGAGCGUCGCUUGCUGUGCUAAAUUGUAGGUAUACUUAUACUGUAUCGAAUACCUGAGCAAGUCACGGAUCUCCAGAAUUCCUAUAGGAAAGUGAGGCAAUAAAUAAACAAGCAUAUCUUUAAAUAUUAUAAAGAUUGUAUAAUUGUUAUCUUCACCGAAUUGUAGGGAUUCUGAUUUAUAUGUUGUAGUCGGAUAUAGAAAAAAUAUAUUUCAUUAAUAUUCUAACAAAUUUUUAAGUUAGACUGCAGUAUUGUAAUGAACUAGGUGGUGUUUUUAUUCUAAAUUUACUUAUUUCCGCAACAUGAACUGCAAAUUAUUUUACUCAAAACCAAUGAAGCAUGCAGCCGUCGUACGACGGCCAGCCAGCCCCUAGUCCUCAGUUCGCUAAUGUGUAGUAGUCGCGCGGCAUCGCUCCAAUAUGUUUUCCGCGAUGCUCGUUUUUGUUAAGUUUAACUCGCAUUAUUAGAACGGAAUUGUUGUCUGUUGUAUUAAUUUUAACCGAACAAAUCGCGAUGUCAACGUCUCUUUGUUAGCUUCAAACACAUUAUUGACCGUUUAUAUUAUGAUGUAAAACGCCUGGCACUUUUAUAAGCAUUAUGUAUAAGUUUUAUAUCGAUUUUACAUAAGAGGCACUCGGCCGCGCUGAAUAAUAAAGUACAAUAAAUAAUUUUUAAAAGUUAUCUAUAAGAAAACUUAUUAGAAUAAUAAUAAAUAAAAGUGUCUCAAAAACCCUUUAAUUUUCGAAAAAGAUAUAAAAACUUAACGAAGCCGACACCAAAAAAAAUUAAAUUAAAAAAGCCAAAAAAAAAUAUAAAAAUUAAAAACCAAAAAAAAUACAAAAUUUUCCAAAAAAAAAAUCUGAAAAAAUCAUUUUUACUUUGACAUCGACCAAAGUCUUAUCGCAUGUUCCUUUUUUAUUGUGUGUAACUUUUUGAUCGGGCGCCCACCUGCCCCGCGCGACGUUCCCGCCGUCUCUUCCCGGCUCCGCCGCCGGCCGGUGGCGCCGCCGGGAAAGACUCGCUCGGUAGUCCCCGUCUCCCGGGAACAUUCAUGCACGCGCCCCACCGCCAAAUACAGUUCCUCGUUUGACUGUACAAAUUCUGGCAACCAGCAGAGCACCUCCUUUUAACGUAUUUUUUUCGCUGUUUUAUAGACACCACAUAUCUAAUAAAUUAAUUUAAAAUUUUAGCUGGUUUGCUGUAAUCAUUUUAACGGUGCAAAAUUCGCAGUAUUUUGUUGUAGGCAGUGUAAUAUAAUUUUUAUUCAGCUAGUGUGUCGACUGCCAUAAUAAGGGUUGGUACUCACUCAGCGAUGCCUCCUCCUCGCAACUGAAGUGGCGUCGUACCGUUUUGUUUGCGGGCCCGUCACGUGCAGGCGGGCCGGUGAGGCCGCCCGGGCGGCUGUCACCGACCCAUUUCGCUGAGCACCCUGUAUCAAAUGAAUCACUGCCAACUUGGGACUGUUCAUACAGUUUGUAAACUAAAUUUAAAUCACAUUAGCGUGUCUAAAUUGUUUGGAGUUUGUCAUUUCUAUAAUGUUAUCCUAACAUUAAAUGCAAAAAUUUAUUGUACUUAAACAUUUGCUGUUCAAAUAAAUAAAAUGCAAACCCAUUUGAAUCGUUCAUGUAAUUUAAAAGAUAAAUUUAAGCGUGCGAUGUUCUUAUCCCUGUGUAUUUACUUGUAUAUUAUUAACAAUAGGUACCUGUAAUAUAAUAAUUGUCUAAACGCCUGCAAACGGUGUCCCUCUUAUUACUUUUAUGUUUUGUAAAGUUAUUUUCGUCGAGUUUUUGACAAGUUUUCACUUGUGUUGCAUUUUAUUUUAUUGAACACAAGAAGUUUUUAUCGUCAUUGUUGUACAAAAAAUUAUUGUAAAGAAAGUAUAGUUAAAAUAUAUACAAACUGCCAAAAA